CGGCCAACGUACCGCCCCAUUUAAAUAAAAGAAUUCAAAAAUAAAGAAAUUAACUGAAUAACAAAUAAAUUAACCAAAAAAAUAAAUAACUCAAGAUAACUGGAUCAACUAUUUCAUACAAAAAGAAGUAAAUAAAAAAAUAAAAAUAAAAGUAUUACAAUUUUUUACCUUCAUUCUUUAAAAUUCAAGCAAUAUAAAAUAGUGAUAUUGAAAGUAGUAAAUAUGAUUUGAGCAAAUUUGCGCAAUUAAUACAUGAAUUUUUUCAAAAUAUGAAGUUCAAUUAAGUUCACUAACCCAUCGAAACCCAUCCUUGCAUUCAAAAUAUGGCAACCACUGUAACAAGAUAUUCUUGAAACUUCGCUUAGGUCCACGCGGGUCCCCACCGACCCCCGGAAUGGUUUCUGAUAGUGGAAUCGAUCCUGUUUUCAUGCACCCUGCCUCCCUGCCAACACCAAACCAUAAAAAAACUCACCCCCACUCCAAUGCCACCCACCCUCUUGUGCUGUUUACUGUGUUGGUGCAUGGUGUUUCCCUAGUUUCCGGUCGGUCGGGCGGUCGGGGUCACACGAUACGCGAAACGACCACCUCAGGCACACUAAACAACUGGCUGGCUGGACCUUAAACCUCGGAGGCCACCUUCGUUCAGUUUGUCGGUGGUACGCGAACGACGACGAACGCCACCAACACCCAGCACUGUUGGCGAACUCUCUGAAAGGACUUGUUUUUAGCAAAGUUUUGCUCAAAGUGCAAAAGUGCGUCAACAGUUCGGGCUAUUUGGGGGGAUUUGUUUUUGAGGAGAGCAAAAGGUGCGAAAAAAUAAUAAGGUGUUAAUGCCGUCAAGUUCAAGGUGUAGAAUGGUAAAUGAACUUGAGUCCUGGCGGGAGACGGUUUCCUAUCCCCUGAGGGAAAAAAGGGAAUUCUUGUCCUGGAGACAUCCAUCAGAAACAAAUAUGAAAAAAAAAAUCCUAAUUAUAGUGAGUGUGCAGAAUACAAAACAGUGAGGGAAUUGUGGACUAAAAGUGCUCUGUAUAAAAUAAUAACUAAGAAUUAUCACCCAGAAAUACGUCAACAAGCACAAUUUAAUACAAAACUAGCCUAGAAGCAUUAAACAAAGCAAGCUUCAAACCAAAUGCUACUGAAAAAAGGAGAAAAAAGCAGCAAAAGUGUCCGCAGCCGGUAGGAUUCGAACCUACGCUCCCAGAGGGAAUCUGAUUUCGAGUCAGACGCCUUAACCACUCGGCCACGACUGCUCGGUUGAGAGCCGACCGCUAAAAGCAUGUUUGCUCAUUGGCGUGCAAUAACAGCCGUGAAUGAAUGCGAGAGAUUACAUUGAUUUGUGAAGAGAUUACGAUGCCCUUCUGUACGAUUUGAUACGGAUUUCUACGGCGUGAAGUUCGUAUUGUCGAACUGGAGUAUUACCGUGGCAUAAAUUAAUUUAGUGAUUCAAGGGAAAGUACAAUAGUUUUUGUGUGAGAAGCUAAAUGAAAUUACUCUUUAAUCCGUGCAUGUGUUACGCGUUGAGGUGCGUCAUUCGUCAAAAGCUUCUAACACAACCCAAGGAAAGCUCACGUGUCUUGUGAAAAACGGGCGUGCGUGUACCGUCAUGCAAUCGUGUCAUAAUUUUCGUCUUCAACAACUGUCCCCCCGUGAAGAGAAGGUGGUGUGUUCCAGUUGGUAUAUCAUCACUUUCACACAAGCUGGUGCUGCCUGCUGUUCUUCUUCUGCGACUUGAUUGGAUACAAGUGGCGCAACAGAGUGGCACAACGAAAGCGCGGCUGAAGUGGGGAUGCCAUUUGCUGAUAUUCAAUCAUCGACCAUAUUUGCACUACACAUGGAUAAAAUGGCAACACUAUAGCUUCAUAUUAAAUCCAAAUCAACACAGUAUACGACACAGAUGAGCAAACUAACGAUGCUAAACAACACCGACAUCCUGUCGAACAUGCCACCGCUCGGUGGAAAGGACCCGUCCCAGCACCGGGAGGUGGUCGCCCGGUGGCGUGUCCCGAUGUACGGCAAAGUGUACGAGAUUGAGUUCGAGCACGGUACGGCCAGCGGGAAGCGUGUGCUGUGGAUCGAUAGGCAGGAAAUAUUUCGCCGCGACUGGAUGUUCAAGCUCGUGGGCGAGGAUAUGUUUAAGCUGGAGGAUAAGCGGUGCAUCAUACGGGUCGAUCCACUGCCCGGCUUUCGGUACAGCUACGCACUGUUCGUGGACGGCAAAUCGUACGAACAGUUUACCGAAAGUCAGGCGAAAGCGCUCAAAACGUGGGAGGCAAAGCUGGGCGAUAACUUCUACCGGAUUGUGUUAGAGAAAAAUACGCUUAACAUCUACGUGAACGGAAAGCUGAUUGAGGAAAAUGGUGAGUUUGUAGAGGGUGGCACCGAUACAACGUUCGUCGAGGAUGGCAACACGUUCGUGCUGAGCGCUCGUACUAGCGGCAACAAGCGGGAAGGGAUCGUCCACCGGCUCACCGUAAACGGGACGGAUGUGCCCGAUUCUGGGACGAUGAUCUAGCCAGCCGGCCCCGGAACGUUCGGAAAUGUCGUACACCACGCUUCUCGUUUGAAAAUUGAUUUUAUAAUUUUUUAUUUGAAAUAGUUUCAAUUUCAGCGAUCCUUUCUGUGUUGUUGUUUUGCUUUGUUCUUUUAAGUUUCAUUGCCUCGAUACUGCUUAGUGUCAGUUUAUAAGUUAAUCGUAUUUUUGUAUUCUUUUUUUUUUCUUCAACGAACAAGGAAAAAACAAUCUCUUUUUUCAGGGGCUUCUUCAAGGGCGAUGGUUAGAGGGUAGGGAUCGAAGAAACGAAACGGAACACUUAAGGAUCGCAAGGUUAAGGAUAGUGAUAAUAAUAAACUAUACACCUAAGUGCGCAAAAGCAAAAAAAUCACUAAACAUUACAACUCAUACUGAUCAGUGUGUUAUAUGUAACGUUUGCUAAUAAAGUUACUUAUUGUAAUAUACUAAAACGUGGAAAUGCAAAACAGGAAUGUAAUGGAAAGAAUGAAAACGUACGGAAAUCUGUUCGUAUGCAGUGAAGGAAUACGGUAAAGGGUUAUAGAAAGUAAAGCGCGUAGACAGCAGAAGAAAAAAAUGCAAAUAAUUGAAACGUAAAUUAGGGAAAAUGCAAAACCUCACACACACAACGCACCCCUAUAACGCUUCGCAGCCACCCGCAUUUAGCGAUAAUAUGUUUUCCCCUUUCUUCUGAUACUAUCUCUACAAAAAGGCUUCGCCACGAAUGUUCUGUUCUUUGUUCGUUACGGUUUGCAUCUGUUUUCUUCACCGUAGAAGAACGGUUUGCCUUUCAUUCCAAGUGUUGCUUUCUUUAUAGCAUUCCUAUCCCUUUCCUUGGCGCACACUUACACUGAGAAAAAAAAAUGCCGACACAAAAGCUCGCUGCCUACAUUAUCACCAGCAACAAAUAACCGAAAACAAGGUGUGUGAAUUUUAGUUACAAUCGUUUUUUAGGGUUAAAACAAAAGCACGUUAAAUAGGUUUGAAUUUUACGAACAAUUACAAGGUACAUUUAAAGAAUAGGGUUUCGUGUUUUUUCUUCUAAAUCUCUUCCUAGCCGAUUUCAUCGUUUGAUUUGAAAGCACAAAUGCAACGUACAGGGUU